CGAAGACCAAACAGGUAGAAGCGAACGUGAAAUAGAAAGACUAGAGAAGGAGCACCCAGGAGAAAGUAACAUUAUUUCAAAAGGACGAGUUUUUGGUGGAUUGGAGCCAAGUCGAGCAUUCGGCGAUUCCAAAUAUAAGUGGGAUAAAGCUUUACAGGAAGUAAUUUAUUCUAAAUUUUUUAAUGAAAAACGUAACGUUCCCGGAGGUGAACGAUAUAAAACUCCACCUUAUGUCAUAGCCAGGCCUGAGGUUACACAUCAUAAGAUCGGUUCGGACGAUAAAUUUUUGGUUUUGGCAACGGAUGGUCUAUGGGAAAGAUUAUCAAAUGCGGAAGUUAUAGAACUUGUUGGACUUUUAAUUGAUGGAAGACGAAAUGGAAAAAACGGCAAAGAAAUCACAGCCAUACAAAAAGAUUUAAAUGUUAAUGGUUCAAAACAAAAUAAAGAAUUUGCAUUUGUUGAUGAAAAUGCAGCUACACAUUUGAUACGUAAUGCACUUGGUGGCGCAUCUGAAGAUGUUUUAUGCGCAAUGCUAUCUCUUCCUCCACCCAUGUCUAGAAGAUGA